AUGGGAAUUGCAAGGGGAAUCCUUUAUCUUCACCAAGAUUCUCGACUCAACAUCAUUCACCGGGAUCUCAAGGCUGGCAAAGUGCUGCUAGAUGAGCAACUGAAUUCUAAAAUUUUCGACUUUGGAUUGGCAAGGAUUUUCAGUGGAGUUCACGGGCAAGCAACUACCAGUGUUGUUGUUGGCACAUACGGAUACAUGGCUCCAGAAUAUGCCAUGGGUGGCGUGUUCUCGACCAAAUCUGAUGUCUACAGCUUUGGUAUUUUGUUGCUGGAAAUCAUCAGUAGCCAUCUGAAUGCAAGUUUUAAUGCUACUCAUGAAGCUCGUAGCCUUGUCGGGCAUGCGUGGAGCAUGUGGUGUGAAGAAAAUGGGAAGGGGUUCAUCGAUCCAGUCCUGAAAGGAACAAGUUCAAGUAAAACUGAAACUAUAAGAUGUAUGCAGAUAGGCGUGCUCUGCAUUCAAGAAGAUGCUGCAAGUCGGCCUACCAUGUCAACAGUGGUUCUCAUGCUUGGCAACAACUCUUUGGAUCUUCCCUUGCCCAAGCAACCUGCAUUUGUCCAGGGAAAUGGUGCUGUCGAAUCCUGUCAAGUGCUUUCUUCUGGUGUGGAGUCUGCUACUUUUAACAGUGCGAGGUAA